GCUCCGGUGUCCCCGCGGAGUGGCCCCGGCGGAGAUGUGGCGAUGGCGGCUGCUCCCGGCGGGACGAGGUCCCGGCGGCCUCACGGUCCCGCGGGCCGGGCUGAAGAAGUUCCAGCAGCCCCCGGACUACAGCGGGAUCGUGUUACCGGAGAGGACGAAGCUCAAGUUCCUGGAGAAGGUGCCGGCGGUGCCCAAGGUGAAGCGGGAGCCGCGGCAGCUCCGUGACAUCCGCGGCCCGUCCCGGGAAGCCACCGACUUCACCCAGGGCCAGUACGGGAUCCUGGCGCUGGGCGGCGGGUACCUGCACUGGGGUCACCUGGAGAUGAUCCGCCUGACCAUCGGCCGCUGCAUGAACCCCAAAACCACCUUUGCCAUCUGGAGGGUGCCAGCCCCCUGCAAGCCCCUUACACGCAAGAGCCUUGGGCACCGCAUGGGAGGUGGCAAAGGCCCCAUCGACCGCUACGUGACGCCGGUGAGGAGCGGCCGCCUCCUGCUGGAGCUGGGCGGGCGCUGCGAGUUCGGCGAGGUGGAGCCUUUCCUGAUGCAAGUGGCCAAGAAGCUGCCGUUCCCGGCCGUGCCCGUCAGCAGGGACAGCCUGAGCCGCAUGAGGCAGGAGCUGGAGGAGAAGAGGCUCAACAACCAGAACCCCUGGACCUUCGAGCGUGUGGUCACUGCCAACAUGUUGGGCAUGAGGAAGUACCUGAGUCCCUACGACCUGAGGUUUCAAGGGCGGUACUGGGGCAAGUUCUUCCUGAAGCACAGGGUGUAAUGGGCAUUGGGAAAGGGGGGGAGCUGCAUUAAACUCACCCCCAUGGAGUCA